UCCUCAUAUUAUCAACCCAUGGUGCUAAUUACUACUAUUAUUAUAGAAACUCUAACACGUCAUCAUCAUGCCAUGGUGUGGUAUCAGUAGAAGUAUAGUAUCAUUAUUUUAGUGAGUUUUGGCAGGGAUCACCUCCCAUAUAGAAGGACUAGAAAAAAAUUUCAAGUUUGUUCAUUAAAUUACAAUCUAAUUUGGAUGAACUAGCGAAGAAUUCUGAUCACUUUAAUAGUAUAAUAUGGUGGAUGAAAAGUCGCACAAGAAAAAGUGAUGAGCUAUCUCAUGUCAAGACACUAGAUGAUGCUUUUGAAAUAAUCCAACCGUACUUUGAUUUCAUUGACUGUAGGCUAAUUGUUGACCUGAGUGAAGAGUUUCCUAUUAAAGACAAAGAGCUUGUAACUAAAUUUAAAGAGUACAAAAAGCUGAUGAGCUACGUUCUUCAGCAAAAGUAGGCCACAUUACUGUAGCUCUAAGAAAUAUAUUCAAGGAUCACAUACCAGAUCUUAUAAACAUGCCUCAAAUUCACCUCCAGUUACAUGAUGAGUGGCUUUACAGUAACAUCAAGGGUUUUUCCCUACUUAUACGGCAGUUAGAUAGCUAGAAUUUUUCCUAAAUUCCUGCUCUUUAUAUGAGAUACGAACGCACACUUCUCUUUGCUCUAUAUACAGACCAGGAUGAUGGAUAUUGCUCGAUGGAGAGCCGGUAUAGGCCAUUGGUGCUGUACCAGUACAAGGAGCACUUUAUUGAACCCCAGCAAAACUUCCCUUUGGUUCUUCGUUUUUAUGGUUUCAGUCGUGUUCAAGUUGGUCUCUCUUCUUCUCCUAUUAUCAGGAGACAUUGAAAUCAAUCCUGGCCCUAUUAAUGAUAAGCCUACUAUUCCUCUACUGACUCAAUGGCUUGCCCCUCUUGUUGAAUGGCAGGCGUUUGGCCUCCAGUUACCUGAUAUGAGAUCGCCUGAAAUUCAAAUGAUUGAUGCCGAUGGGUCUAAAGUAAGAGACAAAAAGCGAGCUCUCUAUAAUAAGUGGUUAGCAGUACAUCCCAGAGCAUCUUGGAGAGAAGUUGUAACAGCAUUAGAAAAAAUAAAUGAGAAUCAGUUGGCUCAGGAUAUCAAAACUAACUGUCGUCAAGUUACUGCCGGUGCUAGAUCUGUUAGACCUACAGCUAGUGCACUAUCAGUAAGGCCACAAAAAGAAAGCAUUGCCUUUGAAUCAAAGAAACAAGAAAUUGAAGUUAAACGGACAUUAGAAAGACUGGAAAAAAAUUUUUCAGCUUUGUUUAUUAAUUUACAAUUUAAUUUGGAUGAGCUAGCAAAGAAUCCCAGUAUUUUUAAUAGUAUAAUACGGUGGAUGAAAAGUCGCACAAGAAGUCAUGAGCUAUCUCAUGUCAAGACACUAGAUGAUGCUUUUGAAAUAAUCCAACCGUACUUUGAUUUCAUUGACUGUAGAUUAAUUGUUGACCUGAGUGAAAUGUUUCCUAUUAAAGACAAAGAGCUUGUAACUAAAUUUAAAGAGUACAAAAAAGAAGCUGAUGAGCUACGUUCUUCAGCAAAAGUGGGCCACCUUACUGUAGCUCUAAGAAAUAUAUUCAAGAACCACAUACCAGAUCUUACAAACAUGCCUCAAAUUCACCUCCAGUUACAUGAUGAGUGGCUUCGUAGUAACAUCAAGGGUCUUUCCUUACUUAUACGUCAGCUACUACCAGAUGAAUUCCAACAAUCUAUAAUGAAGUACAUCACAAUUUUAACGGGAUCUGUUAUCAUAAAAUAUACAGUUCUCGAUUCUACAGCUGAUAGCCUAUUAGAGUUUGUUGAUGAAGGAAAAAUAGAAUUUAUGCGCCUCAUUGGAGUCUUUGGUUUCUUCAUCAAUGAUAAAAAAGUCAUUAAAGAAAAUGAAAACACAAAUUUUACUUUUGAGCAUGCUCUGAUCAAAGCAGUCAAAGCUGAGCAAGUUGAAGCUGUUCAGUUUCUUCUUGAUUUAGAAAUAACUAAUAUUGAUUAUCGUAAUGAAGAUGGCAAUACUGCUAUAAUGGAGGCUUGUGAGCUUGGGAACAUUAAUAUAGUGCAUAGUUUAGUAUCUGCUGGGGCUAAUGUUGACCUUCAAAAUAAUGACGGAUGGACUGCUUUGAUGAAAGCAAGCCAAAAUAAUCAUAGCACAGUCAUUCAUGUGAUGCUUGAUGAAGCAGAUGCUAAUCCCCAUCUACAAAAUCGAAAAGGUUCGAAUGCUUUAAUGGUUGCUGCAUUUUCUGGAUGCUUGGAAGCUGUAGAACUUUUUAUUACCAAAGGAGUCAAUUACACACAUCAAAGGGAAGAUGGAGUGACUGCAUUCAUGUUAGCUUGUCAGAAAGGUCAUAUUGAAAUUGCUGAACUAUUGCUGACCCAUGAAAUUGAUCCUAAUAUUACAAACAAAGAAGGUACAAAUGCAUUUAUACUUGCUUGCAACAGUGGUCAUACCCCAAUUGUUAAAUUAUUGUUAGCCAGAAACGUCAAUCCUAAUGUUUCAAACCUUAAUGGUUGGAAUGCCUUGAUGUGUGCUUCCGCUAAUGGUCAUGCACGAAUAGUUGAGUUACUACUAACAGAAACAGCUGUAGUAGUUGACAUUAAUACUAAAAGCAACAAUGGUUGGAAUGCAUUUAUGCUGGCUUGUGAAAAUGGGUAUUAUGGGGUUGUAGAGCUAUUGCUGACAAAUAAAAGACAACACAUGAAC